AUGUGUUUUGGAAAAAAACAAUUCACUGUAAAUGUCACCAACGAGGAAGUUGUGGCUGCUGCACUUCCAAUGCAAGAACAUUGGCUGCCACUAUCAAACCUUGAUUUGAUUCUUCCACCUGUUGAUGUUGGUGUGUUCUUUUGUUACAAUAAUAUUGGCACACACCGUAACGUUGUAGGCUGUUUGAAACAUUCCUUAGCUGAGGCUCUUGUUUCUUAUUAUGCCUUUGCUGGUGAAGUUGUUGCUAACUCCAUGGGUGAACCUGAGAUUCUUUGCAAUAAUAGAGGAGUGGAUUUUGUCGAAGCUUUCGCCGAUGUCGAGUUACAAUCUCUUGAUUUGUAUAAUCCAGAUGAAUCCGUUGAAGGGAAGCUUGUUCCAAUUAAGAAAUUCGGUGUCCUUGCUAUUCAGGCUACUUGGAUGAAAUGCGGCGGGUUAGUAGUCGCGUGCACAUUUGAUCAUCGCAUAGCGGACGCCUAUUCCGCAAACAUGUUCCUUGUAUCGUGGGCCGAGAUAGCUCGACCCCACGAUAACAAGUCUUUGAUCCCAACGACGCAACCUUGUUUUCGUCGGUCUCUUUUGACCCCGCGUCGUCCACCUUCAAUCCAUCCUUCACUCUAUGACAUGUAUGUUCCCGUCUCCGAACUACCUCCUCCACCCGAACCCGAGUUUGAAUCCGAACUAACGGACCCAAUAAUAAGUCGGAUAUACUACGUAACAAGUGAAGAGCUCAACAACAUGCAAUCACUAGCCAACUCAAAGAAUAAUAGUAACACUAAGCGCUCAAAACUUGAGUCCUUUUCUGCUUUCCUAUGGAAGAUGGUUGCUGAAGCAGCUUCAACUGAUAAUAAAAACAUUGUUGCAAAAAUGGGACUGGUUGUUGAUGGAAGAAAAAGACUAAGCAAUGGUGACAAAAACAAGGAAGAGAUCAUGAGUUCAUAUUUCGGGAACGUGCUUUCAAUUCCCUACGGUGGUAGAUCAGCAGAAGAGCUAGUUGAAAAGCCGUUAAGUUGGGUGACAAACCAAGUUCAUGACUUUUUGGAGGCGGCGGUGACGGAGGAGCAUUUCCUAGGACUAAUUGAUUGGGUGGAAGAGCACCGACCGGUUCCGGGGUUGGCAAGGAUUUAUUGUGGUGGUACCGGCGGAGAAGAAGGACCGACAUUUGUGGUGUCUUCCGGGCAACGGUUUCCGGAGUCGAAGAUAGACUUUGGAUGGGGGAAGCCAGUGUUUGGAUCUUAUCAUUUUCCUUGGGGUGGUAGUGCAGGAUAUGUUAUGCCAAUGCCUAGUCCUAAAAGGAAUGGUGACUGGUUGAUCUACAUGCAUUUUCCUAAGGGACAUUUGCAAUUCAUGGAAGAUCAUGCUCCUCAUUUCUUUAGACCAGUCUCUUGGGAUUACCUUCUCAAUUGA